AUGGAGCAUCUGAAUGACUUCGAACUGGCUCAUGACGUUGUUCUCGUAGCACAACGGCGCUCUGACAUGCAAAGUAAGAUUGAUGAUCUUGCCGAUCACUCCUCAGCGGCAGGUCUUAAAAUCAACGUCAACAAGACCAAAUCGUUGGAUAUAAACACGGUCAACCCUUCCAGCUUUACGGUAGCUGGGCAAGCAGUGGAGAAUGUCGAAAGCUUCCAAUAUCUUGGUAGCCAAAUGGCGUCUGAUGGAGGCACCAAGAUCGACAUAGGAGCACGGAUCAAGAAGGCGAGGGUUGUUUUUGCGAGUUUAAGAAAUAUCUGGAAAAACAAUCAGAUUAGUCGACGCACCAAAACCCGAAUAUUCCACUCGAACGUGAAAUCUGUACUACUAUAUGCCAGUGAAACCUGGUGCGUAUCAGUGGAGAACACGCAACGGCUGCUGGUUUUCAUCAAUAGAUGCCUGCGGUACAUAAUUCGCCUCACAACUGGAUCUCUAAUGCUGAGCUCCAUCGUCGAUGUCAUCAGAAGCCAAUAG